CAUGGUUAAGUUCCUAUUCCCAGCUUGUGCAGUACUUGAAUGCGCUAAAAGAGGCUAAGCAAAAUGUUUAAUUGGGAAAAAUAAUAAUAAAAAGGGAAAACGAUAACAGUUGGGUAUGACAUCAAAAACGGAGGAGGGUAGACAAUCUUAAAAGUCGAUGACGAUGAGCCAAAUCAAGCUCCAGAAUCAUCCUGACAGGGACGAGCAGCCCGAGGACGAUGGCAACUAUGAGCUUCCCCCACUUGUUAUCUUAACUGAACAGAGAUAUGAAGGGGAAACCUGUGAAGGGCAGCUUCAUGGACAAGGUGUAGCUUAUUUUGAAGGAGGCCAUGUGUACAAGGGCAUGUUUUCCAAAGGACUUAUGGAUGGAUUCGGCAUAUUCACACAGGCAGCUGGACUAAAAUAUGAGGGAGAGUUUGUACGCAAUAUUCCCAUGGGCCAGGGCACUUAUACAUGGCCAGAUGGCAGCACCUAUAAGGGGGAGGUUUACAACGGUAUACCACAUGGGACAGGAACCUACAAAUGUACCCAAAACAGCUUGUUUUACAGCGGGCAGUGGCAUCAGGGCAAGAGACAUGGAAAGGGUACGGCAUAUUAUAACGAGGAAAAAAACUCUUGGUACAAAGGAGAUUGGGUGAGGAACAACAGAGAAGGAUGUGGACUGAGAUGCUACCCUUCUGGGAACACUUACUCUGGUGAGUGGAAGACCAACCAGAGGCAUGGAAAAGGCACGAUGCGGUGGCUGAAUCUGGGACAGAAGUAUGUUGGGGCAUGGCAGGAUGGAGUACAGCAUGGCCAAGGUACACAUGUCUGGAAUUUAAGGCGAAAAGAUGGAUCCCAGUAUUCCCAGAGCAAUCGAUACACAGGGGAGUUUGCUCAGGGUCAGAGGCAUGGAUGGGGAACCUUUUACUACGCUGGUGGUGCGAUCUAUGAAGGAGAAUGGAAGAACAAUAAAAAGCACGGGCAGGGAAAAUUCACACUGAGUGACGGGCAUGCAUUCGAGGGACACUUUGUGGAUGACCAAAUUAUCACACCCAACCCGAGAGCACAUAGUGCUCCUCUCGGUGCGUUCCCGCUGUCACAUAGCAACUCAUCUUUACUGGGACCAGACAUGGCUCUGAACAUUGACUGUCUCCUGGACAUGAUCCCGGAAAGAAAACGUGACACAGAGCGCAAGCAGGUGGAGUUUGUGGUGCUGAGGCAAGAAAGAGAGCUGAGGUCAAUUUGUAGUUUCUACAGCAGGCUUGGUUAUGCCCGCUCCCCGGAGAACACCCUCCUGCUCUCCCGUCUUCAGUUCUGGCGCCUGCUCAAAGACUGUAACAUUCAUCACCACGGCAUAACUCUGACACAGAUAGACCGUCUUAUCAGAGAGGAUGUUGAUCCAGCAGAGAUACACUCGCCUUUCACGCCUGUGCUGCUUCGCAAGCUCAUCAGCUAUCUUGUCAUUGUGGCCCACCACAUCCACAGUAAAGACAUGGUGUCACCAAAGUACCUUCUGGCUGCCUGUUUUUCCAAACUGAUGACAGAUGACAUUCUUCCAAAUGCUAAGAAUGUAAAAGGCUUUCUGUUUAGGCAGCCAGACGUUGGAGUGGCGGCUAUGAACUAUAUGAAGAGGUGCUGGGAAGUCUUUCAGCUUUUCUGCACAGCCACCAGGGAUGAACAGACCAUGACCUGCCGUCACCUGCUGUGGAUGUUCAAGGAUCUCCAUUUGUUGGACCAUAAGCUGACCACAAGGAGGUUAUUGGAGAUCAUCAAUACAGAAAGCCACAACCCCGACAACCUUUCGGCCAGUGUUGAUCUGGAGAUUACGUUCCUCGAGUUUUUUGAGGUGCUUCUGGGCUGCGCAGAAGUUUCAUGUGAGCAGGUUUCUGAAACACUGAAGGAGGACCAUCGGGUUUCUGGGUCCAACACUGAAACCAGGAAGGAUUCGCCUGAGGUGGAGACUGGGAUUUCCAGUGCUCAGGAUGGAAGUCAGUGGGAUGUCAAGACGGAAGCCAACGAGAUACCCGAGCCUGCAGAGCACACAGACGACCCUGGAGGUGAAAUCAUGUGCAGACCAGCAGAAAACACUAAAGACCGCAAAUUGGAACUUAAGAUGAAGACUGUCGAUGAAUUCUUCAACCACUUUUUCUUCCCAGCAUCUGACUAUUACCAGCUAGUGACAAGAAACAGAAUGGAAGAAAAGCACCACCCAGAAUCUCAGAGACAGAUUGCUCUAGAUAAGAUGAAACAAAAGCCAAAUAAUGCUGUCAAAACAACAUGCAGCUAACAUGUCCUUAGUUUUGUUGGUUCAGUUUAGAGCAUUAUGAAGUGAAAAUAUUAAUACAAUGACCUCACACACGUUGUACUCCAUUAUUAAGGAGACAUGCAAGUAAAGGGCUGGUUUCAUGAAAAAGCUUCGAAUUUUCCAAGUUGCCACUUUGCAACAAAGAUUUUGUGACUGCAUCUCUUCUCAGAUGAAAUGCCUCCCCCCCCCAGAAAAUUGAUGAAUACAAGAUGAAACAAACUGUUCUGUUUGUGUAUCCUGUUUUAACAAAUAAAAGCAGUCAGUAAUAACA